ACGCAAACACACCAAAUCUCAAAAUCCACCAGCCCUUAACUCUCUCCUCUACUGCAACUUAUCCACUCGCUCCCCUAUCUCCAUCUCCUCACCUCAGAUUGGCCGCUGCAACAGAGAGAGCGAGAGAAACAGAGAGAGAGAGAGAGAGAGAGAGAGACCUGAGAGUUGGAGAGCGUUCGAUCCAACAGCAAUGGCUUGCACAGCUACUUCAACUGCUCUCAUCUCGUCUUCUUCAUCUUCCAACCCUAGGGCUUCCGUUUCCCCCAAAUCCCUACCGUCCAAGCCACUCUCUCAAACCCUAUCCAUCCCUGCUUCCUUCAACGGCCUCCGCUCCACACCUUUCCGGUCUCUCCCCCCUCGAUCUAUCUCUUCCCGCCGCCCUCACUCUCGCCGCAACUUCGUUGUCAGGGCCAGUGGGCUUCCUCUUGUUGGGAAUCAAGCCCCAGACUUUGAGGCAGAGGCUGUUUUUGAUCAGGAAUUCAUCAAGGUUAAACUCUCGGAAUAUAUUGGAAAGAAAUAUGUGAUUCUCUUUUUCUACCCAUUGGAUUUCACAUUUGUUUGUCCCACUGAGAUCACUGCUUUCAGUGACCGUUACGCAGAAUUUGAGAAGAUAAACACUGAAAUAUUGGGUGUUUCCGUAGACAGUGUUUUCUCCCACCUUGCAUGGGUACAAACAGACAGGAAGUCUGGGGGCCUUGGUGAUCUGAAGUAUCCAUUGAUUUCUGAUGUCACUAAGUCGAUUUCAAAAUCCUAUGGUGUGCUGAUUCCUGAUCAGGGAAUCGCAUUGCGUGGACUUUUUAUCAUUGACAAGGAAGGAAUUAUUCAGCACUCGACCAUUAACAAUCUUGCAAUUGGCCGGAGUGUGGAUGAGACAAUGAGAACACUGCAGGCAUUACAAUACGUUCAGGAGAACCCAGAUGAAGUAUGCCCAGCCGGAUGGAAACCUGGAGAGAAGUCCAUGAAACCAGACCCUCAGCUCAGCAAGGAAUACUUUGCUGCUAUAUGAGGAGGAAACAGUAAAACAAUCCUGUGGUAUCUGUCCCAUUCACGAUGUCGUGAGGUUUUAUAGAGUUUUGUUUACAGUCACUGCCUGCCUUGGUCUCCUUAUUGAUGAGUUUCCAUAUGCGGAUUCUGGUUAUAGGCAAAGUGAACCAGAUGUACCAUGUAUUUAAAACUCAUUAACGUUGGCAUUAUCUGUUUUGUAAUAAUACUGCAGAAGAAAUUUCGAUC